AUGGCUACUAUUUGGGCCUUUCGACAAUUGGCCUGCCUGAAGAACUUCGUCGAUGGUCCAGCUUGGGUCCAGGGAAAGCAUAAGCCGGAACAAGAACAGGAGAGACUCAAAACCUUCAAGAACUUUGAGGCCCCAUCUGGUUAUUUGAAACACCCAAUGAAGGAGCAAUCGGACUCUUCCUUGGGCGAAAUUGAAUGUCAUUGGUGCAUCGACAUCACCAGUUAUAUUUCCCAGAUGAACCCAAUUCGAUUGACUGGCUCAUCACGAAUUUUGAUUGGCACUGAGCCCGCCAAUCAAGCCAGGCUAGUUUCCACCCCUUUCUGCAAAUCGCAAAUCUUCCAAAAAGAAGAGCAUAUUCAUAAACAGCUCCAGUUCACGGGAACGCGGAACGAAUACGACACCCGAGAUGGCCAUGACAUUCAAUUUUCGGGGGUCAAUACCUCAACAUCGGAGCAAUCAUCAGGUACAAGCGCAAUCCUAUGCGUACAAUGA